AUGGAAACGUCGUGUCGGCAUUCGCGUGAUUUACAAAAGCCCGUAUCGCCAUUCUGUAUCCUGUUCAUAACAUCAGUUUUUCGCUUGAGGGAACAGGAUGCUGCAUCCAAUUCUGGAUUACCCUCUUUCAUAAUCGGAGCUGUCCUAGGACCAUUCGGUGCGAAGUUGGUCAAUGUCGGCCAGUGGGGAGGAUACACUGACAGCGGUAGUGGUGAUAUUGCCUAUGGAUUGACCCGAGUGGUGAUUGGUAUCGCUAUGGUCAAAGUCGGCUAUGAGCUACCAAAACGAUACAUUCGGCUUCAUCUGGUCGAACUAACCAUUUGCCUAUUGCCAUUGAUGACGAUCCAGUGGCUGAUGACGUCGGCAUGUAUCAAAUUAAUGAUCCCUAAUCUAUCGUUUUUGACUUCCCUCAUCAUCGGGUCAUGUGUCAUAUGUAUCGACCCCGUUCUCUCACAGGCUAUCGCCAAGGGCCCUUUCGCAGAUCAAUAUGUCCGACGACAUCUUCGUGAAUUUAUUUCAGCCGAGGCAGGUGGAAAUGAUGGACUCGGUUUCCCAUUUUUGCUUCUCUCAAUUGCCCUUCUUCGUUAUGCUGAUGCUCCGGAUAUGGAGACAGUAAAAGUUGGUCCUAGGAAACAGAGUCGAGAUUGGAUUAGUGAGCCGAGUACGGGUCGGUUUGGUGGAGAUGUCGGCCGAGCUUUGGCGCAUUGGGCUGUUGAGGGAGUGCUAUAUAUGCUUGUCAUGGGCGCUGGGUAUGGUGUGCUGGUCGGGUUCCUGAGCCGGAAAGCCUUGAACUUGGCCUCGAAAAGGCGUUGGAUUGACAAGGAGAGCUUCUUCUCAUAUCCUGUUGCGAUGGGUUUGUUUAUCGUCGGUACCUGCGGCUGCUUUGGCUCGGACGAAACUCUUGCCUGCUUUGUUGCCGGCUGUGCAUUGAACUGGGAUGGGUCUUACCACUUCGAAGUCGAAGAGAGACAUGACUCUUUCAACUCAACAAUCGAGAACAUUUUGAACGUUGGGACCUUCAUCUUCCUCGGCGCUAUCAUGCCAUGGGAUCAACUUCACAUGUCCAGUCAGAAUGGAAUCACUAUCGCUCGACUAGUCGGGCUCGGAUUUUUGAUCCUGUUAUUCCGUCGGAUCCCAGCGAUCAUGAUGGGAUAUCGGUUCAUGCCCAAGGUCUGCGAUAAUUGGAAAGAGGCCCUGUUCAUGGGGUAUUUUGGCCCAAUUGGAGUUGGCGCUAUCUCCUAUGUCGAGUAUGCGCGACGAUUGUUACCGGACCCUGGAGAGAGUGAUACAGAGAUCAACAACUUGACUGCAGCCAUGAUACCGGUGGUAUAUUGGCUUGUUUUCUUCUCUAUCGUCAUUCACGGGCUCUCUAUCCCCAUCCUGAGCUGCGUCUAUAAGUGGUUCAAAAUCCCUACUAUCCGAGACCACCCGGUAGAAAUCAUUCUUCUGUCCGAAAAUGAGCCUGUUCCUAACAAUAGCGUGGUGAAUCGCCAUAACCACUCUGUUAUAUUAAACAACCGGUUUUCAUGUAACUCAAACCAGCGCCCCUAUUCUGAUCAUGGUGAUGAUCAUGGCGAGGGAACAGACACGAUGGUACUGCGUCGUCGCAGUGGGGAAGCUAGCUACAGGGGCUCGCUAGAAAGGACAUUGACGAAAGGUUCGUCGAGCGAACUGGAGCAGACUGUAUCUGCUAGAAAUGUAGUCUGA